ACCAGUCUGACUCAUCUAUCGUCAGCUUGCCUCAAAGGCGGGCUGCUUAUACCAGUCUAUAGGGGGACGCAUUGCAAAUACACAGCACAGGAUGACGGAGUGGACAAAAUUAACACCGAGCCGCCGUGCUCAUAUAUAUAUGUUGGGGAUAUAACAUCCAUGUGACCAUUCUUUCUUCCUCCCUUCUAGUUCACCAUGACGAUUCACCAUAUAAUCUUAUACAGGUUCAAGCCUGAGGCAACCCCAGAACAACGUCAGAGCGUAGAAGACUCUGCCCGUGCCCUUGCAUCCCAGAUACCUGCAAUCCAGAGCAUGGUUGCUGGAGAAACAGUGUACAAUCCCCUUGGACAUGGCUUUGAUAUUGGGGUUAUUUUUCUAUUCGAGAGCGCGGUCAAGUUGGACGAGUAUCGCCCGCACAAGGCGCAUAUUGAUUACCAGGCGUUCACAGCACCUUAUAUCGAAGACAAACUCAUCUUUGAUAUCGAGACAGCUUAGAGGGGAAACUACUUAGCUUGAUAUCGUGCUGUACCAAGUACUCGUGUAGAUGGCUAAAUCUAUUGCGCUUAUCGUGAUGAGGAAAUUGAUAAUCCUCAACUUCGGCUUCCGACUAUGAUUUUUAUGUAGACAGGUAUUUCUGUCAUUGCACCCUGACAAGC